AAUUAUGCGGUGACGUCACGUCACGUGACUGCUCAUUGCCACCUUGAGGGUAUGAACCAAGCCCGAACUUCUUUUCCAUUUUCCUCCAUUUCCCUUCACCAGGCCCACUUGGAGGACGGCAGGAACCUUGAUUUAUCCAGUGCUGGUCGUCAAGGUGGUUCCAGAAUCGGGAGACGAGCGGCGAGUCAACGCUCUGCGAGGAUUAAGCAGAAGCUGCCAUUAAGAACUGCACGUGCUAUGUAAGGAGGACAAUUUAAGGACAUCUUUGGCCAGGGGCAACGCUCAUCGUGCCCCACCCUCGGACAAGCUGCAGCCCCUGUGUCACGGAAGCUCCCACGGCCCGCAGCACGGCAGCCCCCCCCGCCGCCGCCCCCCUUUCACCGCGAGAGUUCCGAACUGCUCCGCCGUACUUUUGGGGCCGCCAAGGUAGGAGACAGUCCCGUAAAAAGAGGGUCUUGGUACGAGGGGGGAGAGCCCCCCCCUCGCUUCCCUUCCACGAGCCUCCUCCGGUACAUCCACGCGGAACCUUCCGGCAACUUCGGCCGGACCUUCUCGCCCCGUUUUUUGCGGAAAUACUCCCCACGAGUAAUGAGUUAAAAGCUCAUUUUUUUCCUUUUUAAACACCCAAGCAACGCGAAGGAAGGAUCUACACGUAGACUCCUGGGACUCGCCUCCGCUUUUUUCCCCCCUUUUUUUUUGUUUGUUUAUUUGUUUGUUUGUUUUGAGCAGUUCAGGGUCUGCAUGAAAAGUCCAGCAGCCGCAACAGCAUGCCGAGGAGGAAGCAGCAAGCACCGCGGCGCUCAUCAGCUUACAGUCCUGAGGAUGAGUUCGGAUCGGACAAAGCCGACGAAGAGGAACCCCUCCAGGACGAUGGCCUCUCCCUGGACGGCCAGGACAACGACUAUUUACUCCACGACGACGAGGACGGCGGAGAUCGCUUCAGCUGCCAGAACUCUCCGCUCAGCAACGGCACUAACCCAGACGCCGGUUACGGCUCUCCCCUCAGUGCGGCCAGCGAUCACCUGGCGGAUCUCAAGACGUCCCCCUUCUUCGGUGACGCACAGCAAAAGCUGGAGGAGAAGCCAGAGGAGAGCGCCGAGCAGCUCAAUGGCCUCUCGCUGCAGGACAGUUUGGCCAAAAUGAAAGCGGUCUAUGCAAACUUGAUCUCAGAUGCCUCAUGGUCAAGCAUCGCCUUGGACAUGCUGAAAAGUAAACAAGAUGAACAGGUUUUAUCCAGCAAGAACAACAAAACCGAACACCAUGAGAGCAAUGGAAUCCUAAACAACAGCAACCAGGCAAGUGUCCUAUCAAAGAUAAAAUCCAGCAGUACUUGCCCCAUCACUAACACGACUACCAGCAGUACCACUGCAUCAAGAACCGCGUCCAACAGCACCGGUGUCAACUCGGGGUUAGCGUAUGACUGGCACCAGGCGGCCUUGGCCAAAACGUUUCAGCACACGCCGUACCAGCUUCUCCCUGAACCGAGCCUCUUCAGUACCGUGCAGCUCUACAGGCAAAACAACAAGCUGUAUGGACCUGUUUUCACAGGUGCCAGUAAGUUCAGGUGCAAGGACUGCAGCGCGGCAUAUGACACUCUGGUGGGGUUGACCAUCCACAUGAACGAGACGGGCCACUACCGCGAUGACAACAAAGACACCGAGGAUGAUCGGGGCAAGAAGUGGUCCAAGCCCCGCAAGCGUUCCCUGCUGGAAAUGGAGGGCAAGGAGGAUGCCCAGAAGGUUCUUAAAUGCAUGUACUGUGGCCACUCUUUUGAGUCCUUACAGGACCUCAGCGUUCACAUGAUUAAAACGAAACACUAUCAGAAAGUGCCUCUGAAAGAACCAAUGCCAGCUCUCACCUCCAAGCUUGUCCCGCCGACUAAAAAAAGAGCCUUUCAAGACCUGAUGUCACCAAGCUCCCCAGAUUCACUGUCCCCCAGCGUCCCGCUCGGUGAAACUCCUAAAGACCAGAAGGUGGCGAAUCCCUAUGUCACGCCCAACAACCGCUACGGUUACCAAAACGGUGCCAGUUACACCUGGCAGUUCGAGGCGCGCAAGGCACAAAUCCUCAAGUGCAUGGAGUGCGGCAGCUCGCAUGACACCUUGCAGCAACUGACAGCGCAUAUGAUGGUUACGGGACACUUCCUCAAAGUUACCAACUCAGCCUCUAAAAAGGGCAAGCAGCUCGUUUUUGACCCUGCCAGUGAGGAAAAAUUUCAGUCCAUUCCUUUGCCCCCGACAACCACCAAGCUCCCAGCUCCAAACGGGAAGUCACAACGUGACUCCCCUUUGCAGCCGGCAAGCCCCGAGGAGGAGAGUAGGGAUGGAGAGGAUGAAGAGGCAGAGGAAGAGACUCUGAUGACGGUUGAAGUGGACAAAAAAAUUAAAGAGGAGAAGGAAGAUCCACCUGAAAAGUCAGAUAAACCUGAUACGGGUAAGUCUUAUCAGUAUCUCAGAGAAGAAGACUUGGAGGAGACACCUAAAGGGGGACUCGACAUCUUGAAAUCAUUGGCAAACACGGUUUCAAGCGCAAUCAGCAAGGCUCAGACAGGCACACCGACGUGGGGUGGAUACCCCAGUAUCCACGCAGCCUACCAGCUACAGAGCCCCCUCAAGUCCACUCUGCCCUCAUGUACCCAGGUUCAGCCUUUAUUCAGCAGCAACCCUCUAAAGGCGGCACCCUCCGACCUGGUGCCCGGCAGCCCGACGUCACCUCACAGCCACAAGAACAAUGUGCAGGCCAUGGAGAAACUGGUGGAGAAGGUAACUAUGAAGAGCUUGGUGAAAAGCGAAAAAGAGGAGAAGGUCAGGUCUGCCAAGUCACCGUCUCCAAAUUCUAAAGAUAAGCGGGUUUCACCCGGUCCAGAAAAGACUGUAGUAGAGAAAACUGAGUCCCGAAACAAAGAAACUAGAAAAGUUACACAGAUCAAGGAGGAAGCAACAUCGGCAAAAAAGGUUGUCAACGAAGGCUGCAACAACCUGAACAUUAUCACCGACCACUCCCCGGAGCAGCCCCUCGUCAACCCUCUCAGCGCCCUGCAAUCCAUCAUGAACACCCACUUGGGCAAAGCCGCCAAGGUGACCACGCCCUUCAGCGACCCCUUCACCACCCUCUACAAGCUCAACAGCAAGUCCUUCCAAAUGAAGCCUGCAGAGCCAGUGGUAGAGUACCAAAACGACGACCAGCCCAUGGAUUUGACCAAAUCUAGGAGCACCAAUGGCCCCCCGGUGAACUGCACCACAUCUAACCGACAACCUGGCCCCAAAAGUGGGUCUCAUUCGUCAUCCCCGCCCCUCAGGGAGAACGCUUUGAUGGACAUUUCGGACAUGGUAAAGAAUCUGACCGGCCGCUUGACGCCGAAGUCCACGACGCCGUCUUCCAUCUCCGACAAGUCGGACGUCGAUGGGGGGACCUUUGAGGACAGUUUGGAGGAGCUAUCCCCCAUCCAGAGGCGAAAAGGCCGGCAGUCCAACUGGAAUCCGCAGCAUCUCCUGAUCCUCCAGGCGCAGUUUGCCUCCAGCUUGCGGGAGACCGCCGAGGGGAAGUUCAUCAUUAGCGACCUGGGGCCCCAGGAGCGGGUACACAUCUGCAAAUUCACCGGUCUCUCCAUGACCACCAUCUCGCAUUGGCUGGCCAAUGUGAAGUACCAGCUAAAGCGGACAGGUGGCACCAAGUUCCUCAAGAACAUGGACUCGGGCCAGCCGUUGUUUCUGUGCAGUGACUGCGCCUCCCAGUUCAGGACUCCUUCCUCCUACAUCUGCCACUUGGAGUCGCACUUGGGCUUCACCCUGCAGGACCUUUCCAAGCUGUCCAUAGACUUCCUGGAGCAGCAGGUCGUCGGCAGGACGGACGAAAAGACUCUCGGCCCGUCCGAGUUCACGGAUCACGAGGACGACGGGGGCGGCUCGCUCAAUCAGUGCAAACUGUGCAGUCGGACCUUCGUGACCAAGCACGCCAUCAAACUGCACCUGUGCAAGACGCACGGCAAGUCCCCCGAGAACCACCUGAUUUUUGUCAAAGAGUUUGAUAAGCAGUGACUCGGCCGUGCGGGCACCUCACGGGACCCCCGUUGCACUAGAAUGUCCAGCUUCAAUCGGUGCAAUCAGUGCCACAACUGUACAAAGCGUCAUCACAGCACACCGCGUAUCGUUCGUUCUUUCCAUUUCACUUUGGCAACCGGAAAUUUAAAAAAAUAAAAUGGGACUUUAGUUUUAUGUUGUGAGUGUAAAAAAUAAAUAAAUAAAUAAAUAAAUAAUGAAAUAUCUUGGAGGCCUGGAUAUGAGCUUCAAAAUGGUUGAAUAGUUCUGCAAGAAAAACUUUAAACUAUUUUUUAGCGACGUGAGCCAAUUCUCUUCACAAAACUAAACUUAGACUGCCGUUGUUUUCUCUUAUGUCAACAAGGUGGUCUUGUCUGGAUUGGUUUUCCUCUGAUUUAAUCAGACUGGACCGAUCCAGCCCUCAACAGCACACUCAUCAAUCAGUAUUAAGCAAGUUACAGGUGAGACGUACAUUUUAUGUAAGAAUGUGCAGAAAUUAAAAAUUGUAAACAUUUUACAUCAUUUAAAAAAAAUGAGCACUUUCAGAUCAUUUAAACACAUUAAACCUGAUUAAAAGACAUUUUUAAAACUAUUGCUUAGUCCUUACUCAAAAAAAUUCAUGUACUUGCCUCAGCCUACUUUUUUUUUUUUUUGGAUCUUCCAGUUGAAGAUUACUGUAAAACUGUCAUAAUGUAAGAGAAUCGAACAUUGUUUUAACCCAGGGGUGGCAAUUUUUUUUUUUUUUUUUUUUUUUUGCCUUAUUGAGAUAAAAGUCUCCCAACAGGCCACAAUCAAGGAAAUAACACUUCUUUUUUUGUUUAACGCAUAAAACGGGCAAAAAAAGAUGUACCCUCUCGCAGGCAGCGUCCAAAACCGGGACAGGUAUGUUAUCAUUUCUUUGAGAGAUUUUUAUUAAUUAAUUCUUGUUCUAGAACUACACUUACGCGUUAAUAAUACUGAUGGAUUAGCAUUUUGGAGACAAACUUGACCUUUCUCCCUUUCUUCUCUUGGGAAACGCUCCAUGUGUACUUGAGGCAGCCAUGUUGGGUCAGGAAGAAACAGGAAAUAACUCCGUGCUAACUUUGACCGAUGAGUUAUCCCCUCCUGAUACCAAAUUAUGGCUUCAGAAUAAAACACUUCAAUAUUUUGAUAUACUGAAGGAUGUAAUGCGUGAAAAUCAUGUUCCAAAAAUGGGACACUGCCCACAAAUGCGGUUAACAACAAAAUGCUCAAACAAUCCACACAAAUGUGAAAUGCCAUAGAUGAGCUAACAAAUUAGCACAGAUGUUACACUACUAAGUUUUAAAGAGCUACUACUUGAAGACACAUGGAGCAGCAACACAAACACACUAAACUAGAACUAGUUGGGGACCUUCUCUGCCUCUUCCUCUGGCUGUUAGUUGCACUGCACGUUUCCAGUAUUUUAUUUAUUCUUUUUGCCUUUUUGAUCAAAAACUAAAAUACAAGUGUGAAAAGAAGGUCAGUGUUGGAUGAAAACUUCUUAUUUCGAUUGUAUACGUUUAUGAUUGCAAAUUGAUCAUGGAAAGAACAGAUGAUACGCAGAUUUUUCUGCCACAUUUUGUAAUUACUCAUUCAUGCAUAAUGGCCAUACAAGAGGUGAGAGAGGGAGUGGAGGGGGGGGGGGGGGGUUCCUUGCACUGUUCCAAAGCUAAAAGGUUCCGGGGGAUGUAAAUUGUAUCAAAAUGGCGUCGUGGCCGACUGACUGCCGCCCUCAUUUGCGCACUGCAUCUUUUAUGAGCCUUUGGGAAUCGUCCAUCUGUUGUUUUAAGACUGGACCGGCGCUCCCCACGUUUCUGUCACGGUCAAGUCGCGUAUUAUUUAUGAGAUGGUUUGUGCAUGUUUUAAUGUAAAGCGGCGGUCUAAUGCAGAGACCUCAAUUUUUUUUUUUUUUUAAUUGACAAAUGAAGGUCAAGCAGUCGAAACAAUGGAAUGAAGGAAUAACACGCUGCUUUAAAAAAAAAAAAAGCAAAAAAAAAAAAAGUUUCAAGUUUGUUUCAACAUGUACAGUAUUUGCAUUAGUCGGGUAACCGUUGUAAAAUGAAGUUACUGUGUGAAUACUCGGCAAGCGUAUGUGCGUCGGCAUAGCUUGCAUGUUACGGUUCCACAUUUGUACCGUGUGAAUUUUUCUAAUCUUAUUUUCUAGACAAAGAUGGUCGAAAGUGUAUAAAGUGUAAGCUUUUAUUUUUCAUGGAAAAUGUGGUUAACACGAAAGCACUCGUAACAAUAACAAAGAUUAAAGAACAAAUUCUCAACGUUUUGUUGUUUGUUCCGUUUAUUUGCAAUGAUUUUUUUCUUUUUUUUUGUCUUUGGUUGUAAAAUAAACGCCAUGGUUGUAAACUCCAUUGUUGUAACUGUGUAGUGUAUAUUUGAACGUUUUGAAAAUGCGAAAGGAAACUUUCAAGUCUGCGGGGGAAACAUGAAGGAAUUUUAAGAUUUUUUUUUUUUUUAAUUUAAAAUAAGU